AUGAGGCAUUGGUCGGCCUUACAUUUACUUCCUUCUCAGGGGGCUAUUUCUAGGAAAAUGAUUUCUUCAAUUAACAGAAAAGAGAUAAUCUGGUUACCACCUCCCAGGUCCAAGUAUAAGUUAAAUUUUGAUAGUUCCUCUCAUGGCAACCCGAGCAAGUCUAUCAUUGGGGUGGUGGUUACUGAUGAUGGUUCCAAAUUUAUUAGAGCUAGGUGUCAGUGUAUCCCAGAUGGGACUAAUAAUGUUGUAGAAAUUCAUGCACUCUCUGUUGGGUUAGAUAUGCUAAUUUUAUUGGAUUUUAAAGAUGUUGUGAUUGAAGGAGAUUCUAUGGUGGUCUUUUAUGUUGUUACUAAUCGAGCUUGUAAUUCUUGGCAUUUACAAUAUUGCGUGGAUAAGAUUUUUUUGCAGCUUAAGCUCUUUAAUUCUUAUUCUAUUUCUCAUUGCUAUAGGGAAGUAAAUUUCAUUGCAUAUUUUUUGGCGAAUAAGGCCUUAAAUGAGAAUAUUCAAAUAUUGGAGGAUAUUGAUGAGGGUUUCCUGCCUCCUUUGCCUAUGAAAUCUUAA